CGGAAACAAAGACCGAGCGUAACGUCCAAUCAAACAGGACUUCAAUUUUAAAUGAGAGCCGAUAGUUCCUGAUAGUUACUGAAAACCACAACAACAUCGCAACUGAUCCCACUGGGGUCUGGAUUACAAAAGACUCUUUUUCGGCUAGUCAGUUGUUUUUGAGCUUCAGCUGCCUGUCGUCGACAGCCGUUUCAUGGGAACCCAGGAGGGAGAGAGAGAUUGGGUAGAUGUGGCAAAUGAUCUAUUUAGCAAGUGUCACAUAAACCUGAGGCUGAGGAGACUGACGGACUGUGAUGCCAAUGUUUUCAUUACUCUGUAUGAGAACAUCUUGGGAGAGAAAGUUCCAGAUUAUAUUGCAGAACCAUGCAGUCAAGAGGAGGAUGUCCAUAACAUUCAGUCUGUGAUUGAUUCUCUGUCCCUGGAUUACCUUCAGAUCAGCCUCUCACACAUUACAGGAGAAAAUGUUGUCAGAGGGGACAAAGAGUCUAUCAAGAACCUCCUGGAAAUCUUUGAUGGCCUCCUGGAAUACCUCAACGAGGAGAUAAGGGAGGAGUCACAGAAUGGUGAGGAACUGAGUAACAGUCUCAACGAGGAUGUGCCCUGUGAAACCAAGGAGUCUACGAGCUACAAUGCCACAGAGCACAAGGAGACUAAGCUGGAGGGAGCAUCUUCGUCUUCCACUGGAGAGUCUGCCGCCCAGUCCAGUAAACAUUCCCUCCAUUCCUGGAACGCUGAGGAAAUGGGAUCAACCAGUGAGCUCAUUGGGCUGGGAGUCUCUGCACGCACAUUUACAGGCAAAGAAGGACUGUCUGCUGCUCCCCAAACCUCAGACGCCAUGACCACUGCUGGUCCGCUGGACGCCCAGGGUGUGCCAUUGACUGAACCGCUGCACUCGGCCAUCGCUCUGCAGCCACCCAACCAGAGCAACACUCCCCACAGGCCCGACGCAGACCCACACACAGCCACCCAGCCCGCCAAAGCUGCUGAGCUUAGCCAUGGGCACAUGGAGGAAGAAGCCGCCCCUGCCACUACAGAGAUCCCUAAACCGGUAGUUGAGACUGUUGUUAGCAAUGGACUACAGUCUCCUUUUGCUCAAUUUCCAGCUGUGAGCGAGACGUCUUUGACCAGUCAACAGAGAGCCAGGACAGAAGCAGAGGGGGAAACACUAGAGCCAACUAACGGAGGUCCAAGGAGGGUUUUGUUCCGCACCCAGCCAGAUGUGCUUUUCCUCACCCUGCAGGAUGAAAUGGUACCCACAACCCCUUCUCCACCAGACACUGAAGAGGAAGAGCAAGAGGAGGAAGAGGAUCUGAGUUAUACACGACGAUUACAGGGCAGAAGAAUACGUCAAAGAGAAAGGAUGGACCUCAGCAGUAACAGGUUAGAGGAGGAUUUUGAAGACCCGCUAUCUUAUCGCAGACAGAGGAACAGGAAAGCAGAAGAGGAGCUGCAUCACAUCUCUGAAAAUCUGUCCCAUCGACUUGAAGAACUCGAUGAGAUGCUUAAACGAGUCCUGGGAGAAAGUGGAGAGUCAAGUGAGGUGAGAGAAGAGGACAAGCAGUCACACCACAGCGACAGCGUCAUGGAGUGCCGCAAGACUCCCAGACAACACACAGUUUCAGGAAUACCAGACGUUGAGUCCACACACCGGACACGCUCCUUGUCACCUUCCCCUCCACGGGUCCGUCGCUCUCUGAAGGGACAGUUAGAAAAUGCAAUGGCAGAGGCCUUGAGCCUGAAUGAUGGGAGACAGACAAACCUCACAGCUUCUGAUCAUUCAAGGCGAGGAGAUCGAAGUCACAGACUGCCUCAAAGAAAACAUAGCAAGUAUUUGGAGAAUAAAGACUAUGAGGAAGAGCUGAAAAGAUACGAAGACAAAGAACGGACAGAUCUAAACAAGGCUCGCCUCAAAGCUCAGGAAGCUGAGAGAGAGUACAGAGAGGCCAUACUAAGGGAUGCUUCUCAGGCCCCCAGACUGUCCCCAGCUAGAACAAAGGCCCAGCACAAGUCACAACAUAAGACGCAAACCACACCAGGGCGGAGACGUCGGGAGGCCCCCAGGAAAGCUCCAUCACUGAAGGUGAAGGAGAAUGAACUCCUCCCUGUGCUCCUGGAGGAGUUGCCCCACCUUCACAUCUCUCCUCACGCUCUGGGCAGGAUGUGGGAGCAGCAGAUGCAGCAGGUGGACAGACUCCAUGCACUGUCAACCUCUAACAACCACCAGCGUCGCAGCAAACUCUCCAGCCAGGUGGAGGAAGCCCAGAGGAAACAUGACCUGCUGGUGGAGAUCGUCCGCAAAGAACAGGACCACAACAGGCGUCUGAGAGACUUCAAAGAGCGUAUCCAGCAGCAGAAGUCGACACAGAACCGAGUGAGAGAGCAGAGGCAGCAGAUAGCCCGCGCUAAGAAGUACUACAACGACUACCACGUUCAACACCGUGCUCGUCUGAUGAGGGCACGCACCAAGGAGGAGAGGAUGUUUCGGCAGCUGUUUGAAGAGGGUUUGGAACUACAGAAAGUCCGGUUGAGGGAACAGAGAGCCUCCGCCAGGGAGCAGCGACUGGAACAUCAGAGACGACAUCAAGACCAGAUCAAGUCUAUGGAGAACUACUACAAAGACCAAUUUUCACUACUGGCUGAAAAACUUGCACAAGAGCGGCAGGAGAUCCAGGUUCGGAAAAAAGCUCAAGAAAAGGCCCUGCUGAAGAUGAAGCGAGAGCUGCGUUCCAGGAUGGAGCGUGAGAUCGGCGAACUGCAGAAAAUCAUCAUCCAAAACGACGAGGACGACUACUUCCAGGAUCUGGAGGUCCAGAGGCUGCGUAAUCGCGUCCAGAUGGCUGCUUUCCAGUACAACACUAGCUAUCUGCACUGACCGGUGCUGUUGUAGGAGCCACUCAGCGAAGGCUGGAUUUAUAUUAUAUGCACAUGAUGCAAGAGAGUCUGUUUGUGCCAUUAACAACUAAGGGUACGACAUUUGGACGGCUGAACAGUACUGUCUCCUCAGGCAUCUUCCUUCAUACAUUUGCACAGGAGAAGGAAAUUCACAUCGUAAGAACUUACAAGUCCUGAUUAUCGAUUUAUAAUGAACUGAACACACUCCGACAAAAUGUAGCUAUUAGCUAACUUAGCUAACUCUUCCUCUCACCUCAGCUGCUAUACCUGAACUUAAAGACACCUUGGACCAAGUCCCCUUCUUCCACUGUUUCAGUACUUGGUAACUAAGAAUGUUUUAAAGUGGCUCUGUCACUGUGCCGUCUUUGUGUGCUGUUAUUGUAGCAGAAAAAUGAGUAAAAACGUUCUUCCCCUUGCCAAAUAGGGACCACUAAUGCAAAGUAUGAAUGUCACACACUGACAAAAGAGUUUUAACGGUUUUUUUUUCUCUCCUUUUAUGUGCGAUGUCUUCCUUUAAUAUUUUAACCAUGCCAGAUUAUUUAUUUUUUAACGUUAAUUUUUGAUUUUUAAUUAACCUGGUGUUGUGCUUUCUGAUCACCGGGGGCGAUGAUAAUCAGUCUUUGAUGACGUCUCCUUUUCCUCACUUUCGUUGUGAUUGUUUUUAACUCACAGCCAAAACUUAAGAUGUAGUAGUUUUGGACCAGAACACAAAAGGUUGCGAUGUUAAAACACUGUCUACUCAUAAAUGUGCGAUGUCAUCACCCAUUAAAUACGUGGGCUCCCU